AUGGCGGCCCUCUCGACCACCUACGCCACCGCCAGGCACUCUAGCUGCCGCUGCACUGGGGCCGACCUCAACCUGGUCGCGCUCCAUCCCCAAGCCGUCAUCGCCCUGCGCACCAGCCUGCGGCCUCUACUGGUGACGGCAUUGCCGGCGGCGGCGGUGCUGGCGACGCUGGCGGCGGCGAGGAAGGCGAUGAGCUCCCUGCCCCCAGCCAUGCCCAAGAAACCGAAGAUUUGGGAGGUGAUGAGCCAGAAGUUUCCCGACUUGGAGGCGUCCCAGGUGUACUACACGCUGGGCACCGGGGUGUGCGCCGCGGUGCCAGCCGGCGCCGGGUACUUCUUCCGAGCCUUUUCAGAUGGCAACGACAAGCACAGCACGCUGAAGGACAGCGUCACCACUGAGCUGUGCGCGCUCAAGAUGCAGUAUGUCCAGCUUGACUGCAAGCUGGACAAGCUCGACAGCAGGAUGACCCAGCUCGACACCAAGAUGGACCAGGGCAUGAGCCAGCUUGACUGCAGGAUGAGCCAGCUUGACGAGGGGAUAAAGGGCCUCCGACAGGAGCUCAGCAGCACGGUGCAGCUGGUGAGCAAUGCCAAGGCCGUGGUUGGCUGCGCGGCCGUCGGGGGUGUCAUAUAUGCCUUCUACACUAGGCGCUAG